CGGGGGUUGGGAGGGGGCGGUGCUGGCGGGGCGCUGCGGGAGCGCGUCACUGCGCGGCGCCGGCGGCGCGUGCGGCGGCCAUGGCCGACAUGGAGGAGCUCUUCGGCAGCGACGCCGACUCGGAGGCCGAGCAGAAAGAUUCUGACUCUGGAUCUGAAUCUGAUUCCGACCAGGAGAACGCUGGCUCUGGUAGUAACGCUUCUGGAAGCGACAGUGACCAGGACGAUGACAGGGAGGCAAUAAAACCUAGUAAUAAAGAACUGUUUGGAGAUGACAGUGAGGAUGAAGGAGCAUCCCAUCAUACAGGCAGCGACAACCACUCUGAAAGAUCGUACAACCGCUCUGAAGCCUCAGGACAUUCUGAGCAUGAUGAUAAUGAUCAGUCAGACGUGGAUCAGCACAGCGCUUCAGAAGCUGCUCACGAUGAUGAGGAGGAUGAUCGAGGGCACGGAUCAGAUGAAGGCAGUCAUCAUUCGGAGGGAGAUGGUUCUGAAAAGGCACAUUCAGAGGAUGAGAAGUGGGGCAAGGAGGACAAGAGUGAUCAGUCAGACGAUGAGGAGAGGCAGCAGAACUCUGAUGAUGAGGAGAGGCAGCAGAACUCUGACGAUGAGGAGAAAGUGCAGAACUCUGAUGAAGAUGAAAGGCCGCAAAUGUCUGACGAUGAGGAGAGAGCCCAGAACUCUGACGAGGAGAAGAUGCAGAACUCCGAUGAGGAGGAGAGGCCACAGGCCUCAGAUGAGGAGAAGAUGCAGAACUCUGAUGACGAUGAAAGGGCCCAGCACUCUGACGAGGAGAAGAUGCAGAACUCUGAUGAUGACGAAAGGGCCCAGCACUCUGAUGAGGAGGAACAAGAGCGUAAAUCUGAGUCUGCAAGAGGUAGCGAUAGCGAGGAUGAAGUUUUGCGAAUGAAGCGAAAGAAACCAAUUGCAUCAGACUCAGAGGUGGAUAGUGAUACAGAAGGACAGAAAGAACAUGCAGAUGUCAUGGACCUGUUUGGAGGUGCAGAUGACAUUUCCUCAGGGAGUGAUGGAGAAGACAAGCCACCAACUCCAGGACAGCCCAUUGAUGAGAAUGGACUGAGUCAAGAACAGCAGGAAGAAGAGCCUAUUCCAGAGACAAGAAUAGAGGUUGAAAUACCAAAAGUAAACACAGACUUGGGUAAUGAUUUGUAUUUUGUGAAGCUGCCCAACUUCCUUAGUGUGGAGCCCAGACCCUUCGAUCCCCAGUAUUAUGAGGAUGAAUUUGAAGAUGAGGAGAUGCUUGAUGAAGAAGGUAGAACUAGGUUAAAACUCAAGGUAGAAAACACAAUACGGUGGCGGAUGCGUCGAGAUGAGGAAGGGAAUGAGAUUAGAGAAAGUAAUGCCCGGAUAGUCAAGUGGUCGGAUGGAAGCAUGUCUCUCCACUUGGGAAAUGAGGUCUUUGACGUGUACAAGGCACCACUGCAGGGAGAUCACAACCAUUUGUUUAUCAGACAAGGGACUGGUCUACAAGGACAGGCUGUUUUCAAGACAAAGUUAACCUUCAGGCCACACUCUACGGACAGUGCCACUCACAGGAAGAUGACUUUGUCUCUGGCAGAUAGAUGUUCAAAGACCCAGAAAAUUCGUAUUUUGCCAAUGGCAGGUCGUGAUCCAGAGUCUCAGCGGACAGAAAUGAUUAAGAAAGAAGAGGAGAGAUUAAGAGCUUCCAUUCGUAGAGAAUCUCAGCAGCGAAGAAUGCGAGAGAAGCAGCACCAGCGUGGUCUGAGUGCAAAUUAUUUAGAACCUGAUCGCUAUGAAGAAGAGGAUGAGGGAGAUGAUGCAAUCAGUCUAGCUGCUAUCAAAAACAGAUACAAAGGUGGCAUCAGAGAGGAACGUGCUAGAAUCUAUUCUUCUGACAGUGAUGAGGGCUCAGAUGAAGAUAAAACACAAAGACUACUCAAGGCAAAGAAACUAACUAGUGAUGAGGAAGGUGAACCUUCUGGAAAGAGAAAAGCAGAGGAUGAUGACAAAGCAAGUAAGAAGCAUAAGAAAUAUGUGAUCAGUGAUGAAGAAGAAGAUGAUGACGAUUAAUAAUGAGGAAGCACUAACGUUGCUUUAUAUAUAUAUAUAUUUAUAUAUAUUGUACAGUUCUCUUACAGCAAAGAUGUAAGUAGCCAUAAUGGGGUUAUUUUGAUAAAGGAAAAUUCCAAUGAAGUCUCUGUUUCUGGUGUGAAUAAAGUGUGUUUUUUUUUUUGUUUUUUUUUUACUUUCUCUGCUUUUUAAAAUCUUGUCUUACUGCAGCAGCUGCUGCACCAGAGAUCGUCACAGUGCCAUUUUUUUUAUCAUGUACGGUACAUUUCAGUUUUGAAAACUGCAGGAAUUGGUUGGCCAAUAGAAUAAAUCAGUAAUUUUCCUGAGUUUAUUAGGGGAAAUCAUAAUCUUCAUAUAGAAUGCUUAAAUUGUGUUUCCAAUAAGGAUAUGGAAAAAGAGCUUAUAAUUUGUACAGAAGAGUUGGAAGAACAUGAGUGGUACAGUACAAUACUGUUUUUUUCCUAGGCAUUCCUUAUUUACUGUGGACAGUACAUUACUAUGCUGGCCUAUUUGGGGAUUUUUUGACUGAAAGUAUUUCUUACCAUGUCUGAGUAAACUGAAAUUUCUGCAGUUAGCGUAGUAAACUGAUCACCUAAGACAUUUCAGUUUCCAUGAAUUGAAGCCCAGAAUGAAAAUCCACGUCUUGCCUAAGCAUUAAAAAUAAUAAUCAUCAUCAUAUGCUAGUGAUGUAAAUGUCAGAGUUAAACAAACCCAGCAAAUUUCUGCAAGUCCAUAAAAGUCUCUUUUAAAAAGUGCAGCGAGCCGCACUGUGAAUGCACAUGCUAGUAAUACUGUUUCACAGUCUCAUAUAAUCCUUAUGGUGCUAUUUCCUAUUGUUCCUGGUCGGUUUUAUAAAUAGAUUGGUUUAGCUGCAACGUUAGUGGAGGAGAAUAUUAUGGGCAGAAUCAUUGCUGCUUCUACGCUAUUUUUAAACACCUUAUUUGGCUGUGCAAAUGCCAGUUGUAAAGUAGGGAACAGCUACAAGAAAUAUCUGAUCUUUACCACACUUUCUUUUUAAGAUUAAAUUCCCCAUGUGUAGUUUCCCUCUAGUCUCUGCUUUGGUGAGAUAGCAUUCAGAUGUUAUCGGUGCUGUUUUUUUAACUGACUUUUCACACAGUCUUACAGAAUUUGUGACUUCAAAGAGGUAGCAGAAAGCAUAGCUUAAUGCCUCUUUCAGUGAAAGCGUUGGCUGAUGCUAUGAAAAGUUUAUUAUAUGGAUUUGUGUUAUGUAACAUAACAUGAAGUAGCUAAUAAUUAUGUAAGAAUAAUUGUUACCCAUCUCUCUCCUCCCCAUCUGAAUUCUGCUUUUCUGUAAAAUGAUAGAAGGGUUCGAGUGCCUCAUAGUGAGCAUUUUGCUGUCUGACAUUCCCUGGUUCUUCGAGAUCCAGCAUUUAAACUGGACACCUUGCUUUUUCUGUGUUUAAUUAGGCUAACAGUUUACUGAAGUACUCUACCUCCAUUUUUCCUGCCUGGAAAGUGUGGGAAGCGUUCUAGCUGCAGUAGCACAGAGCUCUGUGUGUGUUAACAUAUUCUGCUGAGCAGCUGACUGCAGUGUAGACACUUGCAAAUACGAAAACCAAGUGAAAAAUUUCUACUCAGAAGUCUGAGUGCCUAAGAAAUGUGGAUUGUUUUUUUUUUUUUAAUAACUUACCAAGAGUUCCUGUGUCUCUUCAAUGUGCAGAUAAAACCUUUCUCCAUCUGCUGGAAUUUUGACCCUGUAAUCCUCUUAGGUUAAGACCUCUGCUGGGAGUCUGGUUCCUUACAUGAGGUUACCUGCUUUUCAUUUGUAACCUUCUCAGGAAGAAGCCAGCUGUAGAGAAAGGGAGUUGUUUCUUAUGCUGUAUGGAUACAACAUGCUGUACUUUCAUGUAAAAGCCUCCCAGAUACCUCUGAAAUGACAAUGCAAAACAUACACCACCACAUACAUACACCACUGAUGACAUGUUUGCUUAAAUGUCAGUUUAAUUAAAGUGUUGGCUAUUUGUACUGCACUCCUAAGAGUGAAAAUGUUUUAAUCACUGUCAUAGGUUUGAUGCUAACUAAGCCUUUACUUAGCAAGUGGUUCACUUCAGCUUCCAGAAAUGAGGCUUUUUGUGGAUUACAAAGAUUAAAAGAAGUACUUUUUUAUACUGUCUUCUUUUGUACAUUGCUCUUUUAAGUCUUAUUAAAACAUGGAUUUUUAGAAAAUAUUCUUUCAGCUUAAAUUGGUUUAGCAAUCACCUUGUAAUUAAAGUCAUUUGAAUGAACUUUGUCUUAUCUACAGUAUUUGUUAGUUGUUAGUCUAAUGCAGUUUUGUUUAACUCAAGGGUAAUUUUGCUCUCUCUUUUUCUAACCUCCAAGUAUGUGAGAACUGCUUGGAGUUGAUUCUUCUUAACCAAAUUAAAAAUACUAAGCCGAAACUAAAAUGUAUAAGGAGAAGGAAAGAGAAAGUAGGUUGAGUUUAGUUUACUUUUGUACUACCUGGUCAGAAUACCUUAUCCAGAAAGGGCAUGAUUUGAACAACUUCCAAAAAGAUUUCUUUGAAGAGCUGGAUUUCUUUGAAGAGCUGGCCUGAAGCUGAGUACUAGAUUUUCUGGCUAGUGGUAGGAUGUAUGAGAAAUUCUCCUGAAACCGUCAUUGAAAGCUGUUCUUGGCUAUAUAGUUUUGUUGUUUCAGUUAUAUCCUUCAACUAUAUACAUCCCAGUUGUUGAACUGGAGUUUUCUUACUAGUGCUGGGUAGCAUUUUGCACCAGGCAUUUUCUUCCAUCCUAGCCAUGCAACUUAACAGUUUUCAUGCUGGAGCACAUCUGAUGGAUCAAGGGGCUGCAACCGAGAGGAGCAGCUGCCCAUGCAGUCCCUUCUUUCUAGAAGCAGGCUUGGCAAUGUCUUGUCUAGCUCAGAGAGUCAACUUGCUAAAAUCUCAGGUAACUUACUUUCUGCUGAGUUUGAUAUUUGUUCCAGAUAAGCCAACGGAACUGCUUUAUUGGCCAAGUGAGCAUCAAGACAGUAAGUUGGUGUGGUCAUGACUUAGGGGAUGUGGGCAAAGGAUGUUUUCUGUGGCAGAGGUGUAAAAAUUUACUUGGCUGUCUUUGAACCCUGACCCUAUAAAGGUAAAUGAAUAGUUUGUUUUGUUUUUACUGGUGUAGCUGCCUGAACUGGCACUGUGAAGAGCCGGUUGUGACUUGAGGUAGUGCAAGGGGAGGCAGCCGGAGCAGGGCGCUUCUGUAUGUGGCAGCAAGUUUUAACUCAGACCUGAUGUGAAGCUGCAGCCUCAGGAACAUGUUAAACAUGAGAUGGUGACUUUCUGAUGAAGUAAUGGGUAUUUAUUUUUCAGCCAGUAGGCAUGGGAGUCCUUGGUGUCAGCCCGUUCUAGCAAACUGCUUGUUUUUCUAACGGCUUUAAACUGCCAAUCAAGCUGAGUGUUGUUGAACUUACAGAGAUGGUUAUGUGGGAAAGAUUGACGAGAUUUUGGUUCUGAUAAAUGUUCUUUUAAUGUUUGCUAUAAGAAGUAUUACACAUUACACUCAUGAAAUUUAGCUAGGCUAUUCAAAUGCUUAGACACUUGCCUGUGGCUUGACUUGAAAGUGCUUCUAGGAGAGUAACGUGACUAAUACCCAGGGUUGCCUAGUGAUGCCCUUUGAUUUGAGCUGGGGUGGGUUUUUUUUCUACUUGUCUGGACAUGAAAGACUUAGAGAAAAGCUGCAAACUAGUAUUGAUUACUAGCUUGUAUCUUUAAUUGCUUUAAAACUCUUGGGCAUUCUGACAUAUUAUAUAAGCUAAGUAGCUGAAAAAAAUGAUGUAAAAUUAAGUAAAUCCAUGCUGAAAUGAUUCUCUGACAGAAUCUGACAAAAAUACUUUCACAAGACUUGGUGUCUUGAUUGUUUUAUUUAUUCUUAAGAGUAUUUUUCUGGUUUAAAACCUUUAAUGGAAUGAUACUUGGAAAAAAAGAUUUAUUAAAGUCAAAGUGUAACUUUAGAAGUGUUUUUGUUUCUUGCUUUGUUUUCUAUUAAGUCAUGAAAUGAGAGGUUGUAGAGCCAGUUUCCCAGCAAAAGGAACUUCAUGUCUUUGGGUUAUGUUGAAAUUUUCUGGGAAGCAAGAGCAUUCAUGCAGUUAUCAAUGAUAGUCAUGAAUCAUAUAUACACUGUAUUCUUUAUGUAUUGUAAAUUAAAGAUAAAUAAAAUCUUAUGAAACAGUGAAAGUAUUAA